AUGAUGACGAUUCCGAAGACUACGAGAAGAUGGGUACUGCCGUCACUCGAUGGCCCGUCAUCUUUGAAGCUUGAAUCUGUCGAUCUUGUUCCUCCUGCACCUAACCAGGCUGUCGUCAAGAUGGCUGCUUGGAGCCUGAAUUAUCGCGAUCUCGCGUUGUCUCAGGGUCUGUAUCCAGUACCAUUGCCGCUGCCUUUUGUUCCACUCUCGGAUGGUGCUGGAGUGGUUGUUGCUAUUGGAGAACGAGUGAGGAGUCUGCGGCCUGGAGAUAAAGUGUUUUCAGUCUUCAAGCCUAUGUGGCGCUCCGGCCGUCUUCAGCGGGAGUUUGAGGUUUCAAACCUUGCAAGCCCCGACGUCCCAGGCAUCCUUUCAGAGUACGUCGUGCUUGAUGAGGAAUAUUGGGCCCCUAUGCCUAGUAACUUGAGCUUCAUCGAAGCCAGUACACUAACCGUUGCCGGGGUCACCGCUUGGAAUGCUCUAUAUGGAUUGCCCGAUCAUCAGCUCCGACCAGGCCAGUGCGUCUUAACUGAGGGCACGGGCGGCGUGAGCAUUUUCAGCCUACAGUUUGCAAAAGCUGGAGGAGCAAAAGUCAUCGCCACUACGUCUUCCGCCAGAAAGGCCGAGGUGCUGUCGAGGCUUGGUGCUGAUCAUGUUAUCAAUUAUAAGGAGGUGAACGAGUGGUCUGACGCUGUCAAGAGUGAAACCCCGGAAAGAAAGGUGGGUUCCCUCGCUCUUCUAUCCUACUCCCAGAAACUUAUCGCGUCUCAGGCACUGAAGACUGUUAAGUCGGAUGGUCUGGUGGCAGUUGUGGGCUUCAUCGCUGGCCUCGCAGAGCAACAGCCUACAACAGUUGACAUGUAUUUCAACAUGGCCACGUUCCGUGCUAUCCACUGUGGAAGCCUGGAGCACUUGCUGCAAAUGAAGGAGGCUAUUGAGCAGCAUGAUAUUAAGCCAUAUGUUGAUCGUGUUUUCAAGUUUGAAGACGCACCUGCUGCGUUUACACAUAUCAGCGAGCAAGGCUUUAUUGGAAAGGUCUGUAUCUCGAUAGCAUAA